UGUUCUUAGUGGAAAAAAAGCCCAGCACUGACUGCUGAGACACAGAAAAUACAAACCUGAUUUAAAUACAGGAAGUGCUGAAAACCAACCAGCCCUCUUCCUUUCUCUCCAGCUGCCGCAGCUUUUUGAAGACUCGCAUUAGUCUUCCCUUCACCAGACUGACAGGUUUCCUCUUCGAGUCACUAACUGAUGGGAAGCCAAAGCACCAUGUCCUCCUCUCUGUAUAGUUCCAAGUAUGUCAGCUGGUAUGUGGACAUAGUGGAGUCAAAAACCCCUGCAAUGGCAUCUACAGAAACUGACAGAGCAGAAGCAAAUUCAUCAUCUUCCCAUCACCACCAGCAGACAAAAGUCAAUUGCCUCAAUUUUAAAUCUUUCCUUGACUCCAAGUCAGACAGACUCAGCCACAGCAGUGAGGGUUUGAGUGAUGAGUGUAAGAAAGGCAACAUAGUAUUGACAGAUACUGACAUCCAGAGCAAAGAGGAACUUUCUCUUUUGGAUCCAGAGGAUAAAAAAUUCCACCUUCCCCGGAGCAGUCCGGUCAUUUCCAGACGCAGCAGGCCCAUCUCCUGGCACGGAGGAGUAAAUGAUACAUCUAGUCCCAGCUCGGACCCACCAUCUCCUGUCUUUGGUUCACCGUCUCUGGGUCCCCAGGAGUGGUCGACAUCCAGCAGUGGGGAGGAUCUGGAAUCCAAACCGAGCUCCUAUCAGUUGUCAUUCGCAGUGGAGAUGGCUAAAAAGCAAAGCUCUACCUCUAUCUCAUCAAAUCUGAAACGGCUUCUGACUCCCAGCCUCCACCUUCCCUACAGUGGACAGCAGGGAUUAGCUGAGGAGCAUAAAAGGCGGACCCAGAGUAGUUGCAUUCCCAACAACACACCAGGAUGCGCUACCUCAACACAACAAAGCAAAGAAAGAAGCAGCAGCGAUAUCCCAGCAUCCCCUGCAGAGAUCUACAAGACCAGUUGUGAACUGGAAAAGGAAAACGCUCAUUUUAUUGUGGUGGACAUGGUGCUGGAGAUGCUCGAAAAUGCAAAAUGGACUCUUAGCUUAGAUCAGUGGCGUUCCACGAUGGACACAAACUGCCUGAUGUGCAAGGAAAGACAUAAAAGCUCUGCACAGGAGAGUUUGCCACAGAAGCAGACAUUUAGAUUACACAGGCAUAAAGUAAAGUACAGCAGAGUUGAUCCUAGACGAGAGAGGUACAAGCGAAGACAUCUUGAUGAAGACAUGAAGAUGUCACACAGAGAAACACACAUAUGUGUAGAGCAGCAAACACAGGACAAAGCGGAGGAGGAAGCAGGGAAGGAUGAGCCUAAACAUCAAAUGAAAACUCUGUCUGUGCUCUCCACUGACAGCGGAUUCGAAGACUGUGGAGUUGAUCAUACACUAACUCAGAGAGAGUCUCUAAAAAAUGCUGAGCAGCUAGCCCAGCAGCUGGUGUUGGAUUUCAAAAAAAGAUGGCUCCCUUCUACUGAGCUUCAGCGUGGCCGGCAAAGCCUUCGCAGCUCGCUUCAGGAGCUGCCGGGUACAGAAAAUGUGGCGGUGAGCAGCGAUAGCCUGACAGAAGAGAUCCGACAGCGUACCAGGAUGAGAGGAUCCCUGAGCUGGGCACCACCACGUUUCCAGAUCAUCUUCACGGUCCAGCCAACGCACAGACGAAGCGAGGUAGUGGCUUCGCAACACUUCCUGUGUGCAGGUUGUGGGACCGAGGUGGAGCCCAGGUACAUCAAGAAACUGCGGUACUGUGAAUACCUCGGCAGAUAUUUCUGUGACUGCUGUCACAGCGGCUCAGAGGCUGUGAUUCCGGGUCGAGUACUGUCCUGCUGGGAUUUUGGCAGGUACCCUGUGAGUGAUUUCUCCAAACAGCUGCUGGAUUCAGUGUGGCAGCAGCCUCUGUUUGACCUGACCUGUGUUGGUAAAAAUCUGUACAGUAAAGUGAAAGAACUGGACAGGUUUAGGGAGGUGCAGGAUCAGCUGCUGGGAAUCAAGAAGCUGCUAAAAGCCUGCAGAUUAUCAGAAAGUGUGCUGGCUGAGCUGGAGCAUCUUCCUGCUCAUCUGAGGGAGCAGUCAAACCUCUUCUCCAUGGAUGACCUACAGAAGGUGAAGAAGGGUCAGCUGGUUCCACAGGCCAAAGCAGUGCUGCAGUCUGCCAUUACUCAUGUGGAAAACUGUGAGCUGUGUCUUGCCCGAGGUUUUAUCUGUGAGUUUUGCAGAGAGAAAGACAUCAUCUUUCCUUUUCAGACAGACAUAUGUAAACGCUGUCCAGAGUGCAAAGCCUGCUUUCACAAAAAGUGUUUUGUGGUGAAAAAGUGUCCAAAAUGUGCACGGAUCCAGUCUCGGAAAGACCGUCGGAAUGAAUCCAUGAAGAGUGACACCUGAAGCUGCAGCAGUUCUGUGUUGCAGUGGUUCAUUUAACACUUUUUAGCUGCAUUUUCUUUUCUGUAACUUCACAUAAAAACACUUUUAAUAUGUCAGUAAGUUUCUGCUCUCUCAUCCUGCUUAUCUCUUACUACUUAAACCACACUGUUAAACAUGCAUAUUCCUUUACAUGACUUAAUAUUUCCUAUGGAAAUUUGAUCGGCACGAGAGUGAUUGUACCUCAAAAAACAAGAUAAAGCACUUAAAUUAUGCAAAACUGUUUUUCCCAUUUUUGGCAGGUUAUAUGUACUUUUCAGUGUAAUGCUGAUGGACAGCAUAGCCAUUCAAUAGCUGCUUGCGAUGUUUCCAUGUGCGAUAUUUCAUGUCAGGAUUGUUGCUCAACAGAAAUAAUAUAUUACACAUUACUUACUUAAUCUCUUGCUGAAGAAAGCCACUAGGUACACUAACUAUUUAACCUCUUUUGCGUUAUUCCAUAACAUGGCCUGAGAUGCAUUUUUUCAUGUAGAUUCCAGUCAACAAUACAAACCUGAAGCUACAGUCCCACAAACACUGACACGAAUCCCCAAAGAGGACACAUUAAUUUUCUUUCAUAAUUUAUAUAUGAACACAAAGUCUACAGCAUGCCUGCAGAAAGUCAAUGUCCUUUUAGCAGCAGCAGAUGUUUCAAAUGCAACUGUUUCUGUCCAGGAUGCAGUCUGCACAUUACAAUUGUGAUACUGUCCUUUCAUAUAAUGAAAAUAAAAAUAAUUUCCACAACUCUACUUGUGAAAAGUUAUUGAGAACUUUGCCAUUUCCUUGUUCAACCCAACAGUGGCUAUAUAUUAUAGGCUUAUCAUAUAAAAUGAAACAUAGCUAGUACCGCUAGCCGUCAGAAAUUUGUAGUAGAGCAAAAUGUUUUCAUUUGAAAAGCUGUGGAGCCCAAAUAUGACGUGUCAGAACAGGAAAUUAUAAUUUAGUGGAGUACAUGUAAUUGCACUGUCAACUAUCACCACCUCUUGGACCCCUAAGGACCAGGUGGCCCAGAUUUAGACUGCUUUUGUAUCAUCCUAAUACGUCCUCCUAAUACUUUUGUACCCAUCCUGUUUGCUAAAUCUUGGAACUCUGACCUGCAAAGUGUGCUUGCAAUUAUUAUUUAUCCCUUUGCAAGUAGUACACUUCCUUUACUUCCAGAGAUCUGUUCCCAAGAAUUCUGUCUGUCAUUUCUGACCAUGAGAAAUCACGGUCAGAUAUGAUACUAAUUAUUCUGCCGAAUUAGCACUUUGCAUGCACCUACUAUUAAGACAUAUCACCAGAUAAGGUUAACUGAAAACUUGAAUUAUGCAGAAGCCAUUCUAGUGCUUCCCCCCAGUUUUUAAUAGUUGUCAACAUCUAUAUUUUCUUUGUUAAACUGUGUUGAAAUCCGUGUUGGUCAGAAUAGUAGGGCGUCACAUUUUAAGGGCCAAACCUAGUUUCUCCACUAUUGUGUAAAAUAACAGAUUGAUCCUGGAGUUUUGAAUAAAAUGGCAGGUUUAUGGUGCAGCAAUGAAUCUUGGGGGUAAUAUAAUGUAAGUCAAUGUGUAUUAACAUGUACUUCCUGUAUACAGUGAGAUUGAAUUUGGUUUUUUACAUGGCAAUAUUUGCAAAAAGAAUACGGUGUAAGCAUUUGGUAUUAAAAAUGUUAUGAAUCAUUUCCACCAGUUUUUAUUGCAUCGUGUUUCUCUUUCACUUCAGUGCCUUGGCUUUUCUUAUACCCUCCCCUAUAAUUAUGAUUUUAUUUUGGCUAGUAUUCUGCCAGUGGUGUGUGGUCGUUUACAGAAAGGCAAGCAGAGACAUGGUAAAGAAAAAUGAAACAAUAAAACAGUAUGUACAAACCUCACUGCAUGUGUAUUAUUGGCAAAUUGCACUUCAAUGAAUAAAAAGCUGCUUUUAUGCAAAAAAAAAAAAAAAAUGUUUGCCAUCAGUGUUAAGUGGCUCAAGACCACAUAACUCUAAAUAAUAUCCUUCAAGCUCAGAAACACAGGCCUAAAUGUUGAUUGUAAGACAAAAAAAUCAAAAUAUGUGACUAAAAGGCUUGAACAUUGUUUGACAUGGUUAAUUGCGAAUACAGGAGGACUAAAAUUUUAAAGGUGGUUAAUCCGUACAUUUGGUGAACCAACAAAUCUCUCAGAGAAAUUAAAGUGCUGGUGGAGUCUGAACCUGCUGUCAGGGGUCGUGUGCGGAGGCGAGCAAGAGAUGACCCACACGCAGGACUCUUGGUGCAGAAUGAGGUUUAUUGGAAACGGAGACAAAAGAUGACAGGAUGGCUGGCUGAACUUAAUGGACUGGUAGACUAACUGGCUGACUGAACUUAACACGCGACAGGAACAACAUCCAUGACACGACAAGGGCUGAAGGGAAGAGAGGGCUUAAAUACAUGACUAACAAUGACAACGAUUGGAGACAGGUGAGUGAACAGCUAAACAUAAUGAACUAAUGAUAAAUGGGAAGAGGACUGAACAUAAUGCACACAGACCAAGGCUAACACAAUAAAACAGGAAGUGGAACAGGCAGUAGAUAA